AUGUGUAAAACGACAAAUUCAAUUAUUGCGCGCAUGCGGACACAAUUUUCUGCACGAUAUCACGUGCACGGUCAAGUAGUUAGAGGAAGACUUUAAUUCAUUAACCAGGAAGAAGUAUUUUCAUUCAGUGUAGAGUCAGUGUUGAGUAGCAGUACUUUCCUUCAGAUAAUAACGAUGCAGCUGGUGGUUUUGUUGUCUGUCGUGCUCUCUGUGCUUUACAGCCAGGGGACGGACGCCUGUCCUGACGGGUGUAGCUGUCGUAAGUCAUAUAACUGUGAUGGGACUUAUGUAAAUUGUCGUAGAAAAGGACUGAGAGGAGUACCGACCAACAUCCCCACGGACACUUGUGAACUAAACUUGGCGUACAAUCAAAUAACAACGUUACCAAAAGGGAUGUUUGAUACAUUGCGAAAUUUACAGUAUCUACAUCUGUAUGGUAAUCGAAUAACAACGUUACAGAAAGAUGCAUUUGCUGGAUUGGUGAAACUAGAAACAAUUUACUUGCACUCCAAUCAAAUAACGAUGUUACCGAAAGGACUGUUUGAUACACUGGUGAAUUUAAGGAUUCUUUCCUUGAGCUCCAAUCAAAUAGCCACGUUACCGAAAGGACUGUUUGAUACACUGGUGAAUUUAAGGAGUCUUUACUUGCACUACAAUCAAAUAACCACGUUACCGAAAGGACUGUUUGAUACACUGGUGAAUUUAACGGAUCUAUCCCUGUAUGGUAAUCGAAUAACAACGUUACAGAAAGAGGCAUUUGCUGGAUUGGUGAAACUAGAAACACUAUCCCUGUAUGGUAAUCGAAUAACAACGUUACAGAAAGAGGCAUUUGCUGGAUUGGUGAAACUAGAAAGACUGACCUUGUACUCCAAUCAAAUAACCACGUUACCGAAAGGACUGUUUGAUACACUGGUGAAUUUAACGGAUCUAUACCUGUAUGGUAAUCGAAUAACAACGUUACAGAAAGAGGCAUUUGCUGGAUUGGUGAAACUAGAAACACUGUCCUUGGGCUCCAAUCAAAUAACCACGUUACCGAAAGGACUAUUUGAUACACUGCUGAAUUUAAGGACGCUAUACCUGUAUGGUAAUCGAAUAACAACGUUACAGAAAGAGGCAUUUGCUGGAUUGGUGAAACUAGAAACACUCGCAAUAGAAAACAAUCCUUUCAAAUGUGAUUGCCAAUUAGUCGCCUUUCUCAAUUUUGCCGAAUCGAGAAACUUGAAAUUAAACUACUUCACAUACCCAAAGCCAUCGUGUAAAAGUCCUCUUGAUUUCAAAGGAACACUGCUGACGGACAGGAGACUUCAGGAAAUGGUUUGUGAUUCAGUCUCCACUACCGGUUCAGAUCUCAACACUACAAGUGCAGUCACCAAAUAUCCCGAUGCAGACUCCAGCUCUACCGUAACUGACGCCAGCACUACUCAUCAAGAAAUCACCACCACCGGUACAGACGCCAUCACUACUCAUCCAGAAAUCACUACCACCGGUACAUACGCCAUCACUACCACCGAUACAGGAAGUACUAAAGUGUCCACUGGAGUAACAGGCCCUGAUUCCAUCACAUCUUCCACCGAUGCAGAUACUGUUUUUUCAGAAUUAACCGGAUCUGGUAAGAAACAAAAGAAGAAAACAAAUAGAACCGUGAAAGAUGACACAGCUGAGCUGAUAGCUAUACAACGGGAGAAGCUGGAUAUGAUGAUAGCUAUACAACGGGAGAUGCUGGAGAUGAUGCGGAAGAUGCACAAAACCUUUGAAGAGUUUGUAGCUUCUAAAAACAAGAAUUAGAUAAUUAGAUUGACAGUUAGAAGAUGAAACAAUCGUCGAUCAUAUUUUGAGUUGUAGAUUGUUAAAUAUGUAGUUAUUAUUGUUUUUCAUUUUUCUUUGAAAUUAUCUUGUAUAGAAACAUACCUUGUAUAUGUAAGGGAAGGCUAUUUCUGACAUGUUGUAUUGCAAUAAAUUAUUUACAUUAUCAAAACAGA